AUGCAUUUCCAGUGUGGCUGAAUGGAUAGUGUAUAUUAAAACCCGGAUUAAGUGCAGCAGAACCCAAAUAACUGGACAUUAUUACAUUGUGGCAAGUAAGAAAAUGAUUGCGACAAAACCAUCUAGAAGAAUGCAUGGGCAGAUGGCCAUUCUCGUCUUUUUAAGCUCUUGGCAUCAUGGUCUUGGAGAUGUUAAUUUCCCUGUUCCUGAGGAGCUGCCAAGAGGUGCGUUAGUAGGAAAUAUAGGUAAGGAUUUGGGGAUCAGUACAAGAAAUCUUUCUGCGCGGCAGCUCCGCAUCGUGUUUGGUGACGACAAACAAUAUUUAUUGUCAGAUUCUGAAAAUGGGAAUUUGUUUAUGAAUGAAAUACUGGACAGAGAACAUAUUUGUGGUAAGAAAGUCCCUUGUUACGUUAACUUUCAAGUCAUAAUGAAAGAGCCGUUGGAGAUAUUUAGUGCAGGAAUGGAAAUACGAGAUAUAAACGACAAUACUCCUUUAUUUCCCGUCAGUGAUUUGCAUUUCAGUAUAAUAGAAUCAGUUCGUACCGGAACAAAAUUCCCAGUUCCCAGUGCCCAGGAUUUAGAUGUGGGGCCCAACGCUUUAAGUACGUAUCGGCUGAGCGCAAACAAUCAUUUUUCAUUGGAUAUGAAGAAUUCAUCUGAUGGUGCUCUGAUGGUUCAGCUGGUCCUUGAUGGAGCACUGGAUCGGGAACAAAAGUCAGUGCAUCAUCUCACACUGACAGCAGCUGAUGCAGGAGUACCACAAAGGACUGGCACAAUACAGAUCAUAGUUAAUGUCCUUGAUGCCAACGACAAUUCCCCAGCCUUUGAUAAAUCCUUGUACAAUGUGAAUGUGACUGAAUAUUCACCUGUAGGAGCCUUACUGGUAAAAGUGAACGCACAAGAUAUGGAUGAAGGUGCAAAUGGAGAGAUUAUGUAUUCAUUCAGUAGUCACACACCAAACAAUCUGCAAGAUAAAUUUGAUAUAAAUCCAUUCACUGGUGAGAUUCGCCUUAAACAAAUAAUGGUCAUAGAGGAUACGCUGUCCUACAGCUUGCAUGUUCAAGCUACAGACAAAGGUUCCCCGGCCCUGACGGAAUAUUGCAGUGUAUUAGUGGACGUUAUCGAUAUAAACAACAAUGCUCCAGAAAUUGUAGUAACUCAUGUUUCUAGCCAGAUAAGGGAAGAUUCCCCAUUGGCAACAAUAGUUGCUUUGGUCAGUGUAACUGACCAAGAUUCUGGAGUUAAUGCACUUGUCACUUGCAAGAUUGUGGAGAACAUUCCUUUUAAACUUCAGUCCGCCAGCAGAUACUAUACUUUGGUAACCGAUGGUCCUUUAGACCGAGAAACAGUUCCCUCCUACAACAUUACAGUCACUGCUACAGAUUCAGGAAGCCCCCCUCUUUCUACAGAAACAUACAUUGUUGUCCACGUUGUCGACGUAAAUGACAAUCCACCAAGAUUUCCUCAAGACACCCUCAAGGUCUAUGUAAAGGAAAACAAUUCAGUUGGGGAUUUCCUGUGCCAGAUUAUUGCUAUGGACCCAGAUUUAGACGAGAAUGGCAGAGUUACUUAUUCCGUUCUGGACAAUAAACUUGGCAGCUUGCAUGCUAUGAACUAUGUAUCAGUAAGCACAGAAAGCGGAAAUGUAUAUGCCAAGUCAAUUUUUGACUACGAGAAACUCAAGACCUUCGAGAUACUGGUUGAAGCAGUGGAUAAAGGUAGUCCGUCCUUGAGCAGUACUGUAACCGUUCAGGUUACCAUUGUGGACCAGAAUGACAACGACCCUGUCUUCUUAUACCCUUCUACAGCAAAUGGUGAUGUACCAGUGGAAAUGGUCCCGCGUUCUGCAGAAGCAGGAUUCUUGGUGACCAAGGUCAUAACAGUUGAUGCAGACUCUGGUCAAAACGCUUGGUUGUCCUACCAAAUACUACAAUCUAGUGACCCCAGUCUUUUUAAUAUUGAUCAACAAACUGGAGAAAUCAAGAUCUUACGCAUCAUCAAGGCAGUGGAUCCCAGCAAACAGAAAAUUGUCAUUGAAGUGAAGGACAAUGGUAUUCCAAAAAGGACAGCUUCUGUGACUAUAGGACUAAUACUGUACGAUAGCUUCCCACAAAUAUUACCUGAUUUUGGGGAGGAGUCAGAAAGUGAUGCCCGAUUUUCUAGUUUGAACAGGUAUCUAUUGAUCAUCUUGGUCUCAGUUUCGCUUCUGUUCAUUGGGUUUGUAAUUACACUUAGUUCAGUUGUAUGUCGCAGACAACUUGAUACAGGCAACUGGGCGUGUACCACAAUUUGUUGUGAAGGCCAGUAUGACCGCUAUAUAUUAAAAAUCCCAGCUCCACCUAAUUCUACCCUACCUGCAGACACUGGAGAGAAAAGAUAUUCAGAAUCGCUUUCUUAUAAUUACCAUUACAAAGCGUUUACCGGAAAUAUUUCUCAAAAUGCCAAUGCAAGUUCUGAAACAUCAGAUAUUAAAAACACUGGAAGUUGUGAACUCUCUUCACAAGGAUACUGCCUUAUGGUUCCGAAUGUGGAAGGACACAUUAGCAAGGAAAUCAAUAUGGUAUGUAAUUAA